ACCCCCCAUCUCGCGAUAGAAGCGACCUAACUAUUCGCGACGACCUACUGGAAAUCUUACCAUAGACAGCCCCCCCCUGGAAAUUUCAUGAUUGGCACCACAAUACUACUUUGAUGAUGAAUGCCCCCCUCAAUGACCAUUCGGACACAGAAAAACGUGUUUUACCAGAAGAUACCAACCCUGAUGCAACAUUGGAGGCUGAUCUCCGAGAUGAUAACCCAAAGGACUUCAGAGUACAUGUACAGUUCGCGGCCUUAUGUUGGUGCAUGUUUCUUGCAGGAUGGAACGACGGGACGACUGGUCCUCUUUUGCCUAGAAUACAAGAGGUCUACGAUGUCAAUUACACUGUCGUAUCGCUGCUCUUCAUCUUAGCUUGCGUUGGAUUUCUUUCCGGUGCUUUCAUAAAUAUUCCACUCACGGAAAAGCUAGGCUUCGGUAAGAUGAUUGUACUCGGUUCUAUAUUCCAAGUCGUUGCAUACGCUCUCCAGUCCGCCGCCUUGCCUUUCCCCGCAUUUCUCAUUGCAUACACCAUCAACGGCAUCGGCAUGGCCUUUCAGGAUGCUCAAGCAAAUGGCUACGUCGCAUGCUUUCAGAAUAAUCCGGAAACAAAGAUGGGUAUUCUGCAUGCGGUAUACGGCGUCGGCGCUCUAUGUUCCCCGCUUGUCGCAACGCAGUUCGCAUAUUUGCCGCGCUGGUCGUUUCAUUAUCUAUCGUCCUUCGGUGUAGCGCUGACGAACACGAUAUUCCUCUGGGCGGUGUUCCGCUUAAAAUCCCAGGACGACUGUCUUGCAGAAAUAGGGCAUCCUCCCAGGGAGAAAGGAGAUAACGAGCACAGUCCGUUUCGUCAGAUUCUCACCCUCAAGACGGUCCAUCUGUUAGCGUUCUUCAUCCUGGUGUAUGUCGGUGUGGAGGUAACCAUCGGAGGGUGGAGCGUCACCUACGUGAUAAAGAUGCGCAAUGGUGGCAAAGCCUCUGGGUACAUUUCGUCGGGUUUCUUUGGGGGACUUACGCUCGGUCGUGUCGCAUUGCUAUGGGUGAAUAAGAAGGUCGGUGAACGACGAGUCCUGUUCAUUUACUCCUUUAUCGCCAUUGGGCUUGAACUAGUGGUAUGGCUAGUUCCAUCCCUUAUCGGAGGGGGAGUGGCUAUUUCUCUCGUCGGCGUGGUCUUAGGACCCAUGUACCCAAUUGUCAUGAACCAUUCCAGUCGGAUCCUUCCUCCUUGGCUACUCACAGGAUCUAUCGGUUGGAUAGCGGGCUUUGGGCAAGCAGGAAGCGCGCUCUUCCCCUUUAUCUCUGGUGCGCUGGCGAAUUCGGUUGGUAUCUCAAGUUUACAGCCCCUGUUAGUUGCAAUGAUGGGGUUCAUGAUAAUACUAUGGGCACUUGUGCCAAGCGGUCGACCUCCUAAGAUGACACCCCAAUCUACCACAGAUGCUGCCACCGAAACUAAUUAGACACUAGAGUGUACGCAAGUUUGCACAACUGGUGUAUAACUGCACGUCCACUUAUCCAAACCUAGCUACGAUUACAGGAAGCAUG